AUGGAGGACCAGCUGAUUUCUCUGCUGAACGACGUCGCGCACGCCUCGGCCGAGCCUCAGAGCCAGACGAAGCGGCAGCAGGCAGAAAUCGAGCUGCAGCGAACCCGCGCGAACCCCGCCUUCCCGACCGCUCUUGUCAACAUUGCCAGCCAUGCCUCCAUUGACGUUGCCGUGCGUCAGCUCGCGCUGACCACGCUGAACAAGUUCAUUGCCAGGAACUGGGGGCAGGACGAGGACCGCGCCGAAGAGCCCAUGAUUGACAUCCCCGACGCCACACGGGACACCCUUCGAAAUGCUCUGCUCCAGCUCGCGCUGAACGACGAGGGCGACAAGAAGAUCAAGGCCCUGACCAGUUACUCUGUCGGCAAGAUUGCCUCGUACGACUUCCCCGAGCGCUGGCCUCACCUCCUACCCGCCCUUUUUGCCGUCAUUCCCAGCGGGACCGACGCCCAGAUCUACGGCGGCCUCAAGAUUCUCAGCGAUGUCAUUGACGAAAGCCUGAGCGAGGACCAAUUCUUCUCCAUGGCCCGAGAGAUUGUCAAGGCCGUCACGCAGGUCGCCUUUGACGAGAACCGCCGCCCCAGCCUUCGCGCCCAGGCCGUGUCCAUCUUCCGCGGCUGCUUCGACCUCAUGGAUAUUGUCAAGGAGGACCACCCGACGGACGUCAAGGCCUUUGCCGAUGAAGCACUGAAGCAGUGGUUCCCCUUCUUCUUGCAAGUCCUCAAGACGCCCUUGCCCGACGCGCCUGCCGCCGGCCCUGGUGAUCUUCGCCAGCCCGAGCCGUGGAAUGGCGUCAUCUCCAUCAAGAUCCAGUCGGUCAAGACGCUUCUGAAGAUCAAGAAUGUCUUCAGCAACCUCAUGACCCCGCAGAGCGUCGACCUCUUCUCGACUGUCUGGUCCGAGCUGAAGACGCUGCAGACACCCUACGAGAACCUCUACAUCAACAACGCCACCCAAGGCCGCAUGGAGGACUCGGACGCCCUGCCGUUCACCCUCGAUUACCUUGUCGUCGAGGAGCUGGACUUCCUCAACCAGUGCUUCAGGGCGCCGCCCGUCGUCGCCGAGCUCGCCCGCCAGUUGGAGCAGAGCGCCACGUCCGGUGAGUCCUCGUGGAUGGUCGAGGUCAUGAGCAUGCUGGCAUCGUACUCUCGCAUCGGUAGCGAGGAGCAGGGCAUGUGGGACAUCGACUGCUCCCUCUACCUGGUCGAGGAGACGUCGGCAUCGGCCAACUACACGGCGCGUAUUGCUGCCAGCGACCUGCUUAUCAAGCUGGGCGAGUGGUACAGCCAAAAGACGGUCGACGCUGUCUUCGCCUACACGCAGACUCUCUUCUCCGGCGACAAGGCCCCCUGGAAGACCCAGGAGGCUUCACUCUUUCUUUUCAGCAUGCUUCUCAGCGAUUUCCACGACAUGGAUAAGUCCAUUCCUUCUCACAUCACCGAGGCCUACCUCGCCCUCGUGGACUACUCCAUCAACCAGUCGGAGGAGCCCUACCUCCGCGCCCGUGGCUACCUGCUCGGCGGCAACUUGACCCGUGCUGUCCAAACCCCUGCCGCGCUUCUUGACCGUACCAUUGCCUGCAUCACGACCGAGGGCGAGGAGGUCGUUCAGCUCUCCUGUAUCAAGGCUCUUGAGUACUUCAUGCGCUCCGGCAGAGUCCCUGCUGAUCGCCAGGUACCUAUGCUCAACGCCAUCUCCCAGUACAUGCAGGACAAGGACCCCGAUGACCUCGAGGCGUAUGAGGAGCUCGUCGUGACUCUCGCCGAGACCAUCCGUCUGGCCAUCAACCUGGACGCUCGGGUCGCCAUUCAGGCACAGGAUGUGCAGUCCGUCGAUCUUCUGUUCCACAUCGCCAAGUACGCCUCGUCCAACUUCCAGGCACUCAUGCUGGUGGGCGAGGCUUUUGAGGAUAUUGUCCGUAGCCUGUCCGACUCGGCCUCCUACGCGGCCCUCUGUGCCAAGGUCCUCCCCACUCUGAUUGCUGCCUUCAACACGGCGGCCGUGACGGAGAACGACCCCCUCGUGACGACCGCCGUGGAGCUCCUGACCGUGCUCAUCGAACACGGCUCGGAGCCUCUGCCUGCGGGCUUCGUCGCUGCUACCCUGCCUAAGUUGAACAAAGUCUUGAUGGACUCGAAUGAGGGUGAGGUGCUCCGGCCAGGUUCCGAAGCUGUCAAGUACCUUUUGCAGCACGACCACCACCAGGUCUUUGCCUGGAACGAGGGCGGCAAGUCGGGGCUCGAGGUGUGCCUGCGCAUUAUCGACCGUCUGCUCGGCUCUUCCAUCGAGGACAACUCGGCAUCCGAAGUCGGCGGUCUCGCUGUCGAGCUCGUGGAGAAGGCCGGCAACGAGAGGCUCGGACCCUUCCUUCCCAAGCUGCUCGAAGCUGUCGCGACGAGGCUAGCGUCUGCCGAGGCUGCGCAAUUCAUCCAGUCUCUGAUCCUGGUGUUCGCGCGUCUGUCUCUGACCGGUGCCCACGACGUUGUGGAGUUCCUCAGCCAGAUCCAAAUCAACAACGAGAGCGGCCUGCAAGUGGUCAUGAGCAAGUGGCUGGAGAACUCUGUCAACUUUGCCGGCUACGACGAGAUUCGUCAGAACGUCAUCGCCCUUUCCAAGCUGUACUCGCUGAACGAUCCUCGCCUGUCGCAGAUUCAAGUGCGCGGCGAACUGCUCCCGAGCAACGACGAGGGAAAGAUCAUGACGCGUUCGCGCGCCAAGGCUAACCCUGACAAAUACACCAUUGUGCCCGCGACGCUCAAGAUUCUCAAGGUCCUCAUCGAGGAACUCCUUUCCGCGUCGGGCGCCAACAAUGCGUCGACAACGGCGGCGGCGGCGGCGGCGGCGGCUCGCGAGUUUGAGGACGAGGCCAACGACGACGACGGCUGGGAGGAUGACCCAGACACGCUCGACCUCAGUUUCGGAUCCACAAAGGACGACCUGCUCUCGUUUAUCGAGGCCUCGGGCAACCGCCAGCGGGACGACGAGACGCAGGCGUCCCUGACCGAGUUCUUCCUGCGUGCCCCCAGAGAGGACGUGGCCAACUUCAAGGAGUGGUACGGCCUGCUGAAUGCCGAGGACCAGGGCAAGCUCAACGAGCUGGCACAGUCGGCGGGCCAUGCAUAG